GCAAGUUCUCAACAGAGAGACUCUGGGCGAGCUGAAUGAAAUGGGUGGCCGCCUCCCUCGACACUGUGUGACUGAGAGGCUGUCGUUGAAAACCAAGCCCUUGGAGCUGGUGAAACUUUCGGCGGAGGUUCCUGCCCAGGAAAGGAUCCAGAUUGUCCAUCAGACCCUGCAUCACCUCCGCAGGAUCUACAGUAUGAACCUGAGCUCAGUCAGCUGGGUCCAGAGCUCAGUGGAACUCCUUCGGCUUCUGUUGGAUCGGCAGCUCAGAGAGCUGGAUGUGUGUGUCCGGAAACCAGGCUCAGAGACCAGACCAAGGAAGAAUGCCGCAAUUCUUAAAUACUUUCAGAAAUUGAGAGAGUUUCUGAAACAGAAGGGAUUCAGCAACUGUGCCUGGGAGAUAACCCGCACUGAGACCAUGACGCAUUUGAAACAGCUCCUUCUCAUUAUGGCAAAAAUCAACAGAGAUCACUGA